AUGGUUCCAUAUUCAGAAUUGAUAACAAGCCUUCGAAAUGAGUCUGUUACGAAAGUUCUACUUGAAGAGGGAUCUCGUCGGAUAUAUUAUAACACAAACUCUCGCAUUGCUGGGGUUACUCAUAUGUCUGAUGAAGAAUUGACAAACGUACAAGGAGAGAAUAUGGCCAAUAAGGUCACAAGUGAUAAUGGUUCUCGAUCUGAUCAAGCACUGAAUACGAAUGUAUUGAAAAAAUUAUCAGUCACUCAAGCUUCAACCCCUGACUGGCAGUAUUCCACUAGAAAAAUAGAUCAUGAUGAGAAAUUUUUACUUAGUUUGAUGAGAGAGAAAGGAAUUACCUAUAGCUCGGCUCCUCAAUCAGUGUUGAUGUCAAUGAGGACUACUUUGAUAACUAUAAUAUCUCUGUGGAUUCCUUUGCUGCCAUUGAUGUGGCUUCUUUAUCGUCAACUUACUGCUGGUAAUAGCCCAGCCAAAAAGCGGAGACCUGAUAAUCAGUCAGUUGGAUUUGAUGAUGUUGAGGGAGUUGAUUCUGCCAAAUUGGAGCUCAUGGAGAUAGUUUUAUGCUUGCAAGGAGCUAUUAACUAUAACAAACUGGGAGCAAAAUUACCUAGAGGUGUAUUGCUGGUGGGUCCUCCAGGAACAGGGAAAACAUUACUUGCCCGUGCAGUGGCUGGAGAAGCAGGUGUACCAUUUUUCACCGUUUCUGCCAGUGAAUUUGUGGAGAUGUUUGUUGGAAGAGGGGCAGCUCGCAUUAGAGACCUUUUUAAUAUGGCAAGGAAAUAUUCCCCAUCGAUCAUAUUCAUUGAUGAGCUUGAUGCGGUUGGAACAAAGCGUGGCAGAAGUUUCAAUGAUGAGCGUGACCAAACGCUGAAUCAGUUGCUGACAGAAAUGGAUGGAUUUGAGUCAGACUCGAAGGUGAUUGUUGUUGCUGCAACAAACAGGCCUGAAGUAUUGGAUUCUGCCCUUUGUAGGCCAGGCCGCUUCUCAAGGAAAAUAGUUGUAGGAGAACCAGAUGAAGAAGGAAGGAGAAAGAUUUUGGCUGUACAUUUGAGAGGAAUUCCUUUGGAGGAAGACAGUAAUCUUAUUUGCAGCCUCAUUGCUUCUCUGACACCAGGUUUUGUGGGUGCUGAUCUUGCAAACAUUGUCAAUGAAGCUGCUUUACUUGCUGCUCGUAGAGGUGGUGAAACUGUGGCCAGAGAAGAUGUCAUGGAAGCAAUUGAAAGAGCAAAGUUUGGAAUAAAUGAUAAGCAACUUAGACCUAGUACUAUUAGCAAGGAGCUUGGGAAAAUGUUCCCAUGGAUGCCUUCUCUGAUGGGAAAGAAUAACACAAGACAAGACGGAUUGCCAGGGCCACUAGGAUAUCAAGCUCUGAGUUGA